AUGCAGCCAGCCUUGACAGAGGACGAGGUAGAUGACUUGCUUCAUUUCACACGGGUCAAUGAAGCACAGGAGCUGCAGGACACCACCAGCGAGCUGUCGAAGAAGUAUGGAUGUCAGCCACAGCAAGUGAUCGAAGCAUGCAAGGACCCGGAGUCUAGUAAUACAAUUCUGCACUUCUGCUCCGCGAACGGGUUUGCCGAUCUACUCCAUGGGAUACUGUCAACCCUGGGUUUCGGGGACUCUAAACAGGCUGGUGUAAGUGUUGGGUCGUCCUUACUGAAUGCACAGAACAGAGAAGGCAAUACGCCACUACAUUGGGCUGCUUACAAUGGCCAUCUUGCCGUCGUGAAACUGCUUGUGCAGGCAGGCGCGGAUAUGUGGGUCAAGAAUGCAGCCGGCCACCUUGCGAUGUUCGAGGCCGAACGGGCGGACAGGAGCGAGGUGGUGCAAUAUCUGUUGGAGAUGGGUGGCAGGGAGGUUGAGAGGACGGGCAGAGAAGGCCAAGUCAGCAGAGACGACGAAGUCGAGCUGCAAGACGGGUCCGGUGCUGCUGGACCAAGCGACGGGAACGGACAGGCGGAGGUUGAUCGUGGCCGCGACGCUGAGAUGGCGGACACACUGGCAAGUUGA